AUGGUGAAUACUCACAAGGGGUCUUAUGUGCCUAAGCAGUCUGAAGAUGCACCUAAUGCCAUCACUUCUUCGCCUUCUCCAGUACAUCAUGUAAAGGUCAAAGGUCGCCGUUUCAAAAGCACUCCUCCCCGAAAACGCUAUCGGCUUCCAUAUGAGAAAGUGCAGGGAGAGGCUACCAGUAAGUUGCAGGAGUCUUUACGUUCUAAGGCGGUGUCUGAAGUCGGGGAGUCUGCUGCUCCUGUUUCUCCUGCUGUGCAUGCAUAUCGAGCUUCUGAGGCCACUGUAUCAGAUAUGGAUUCAGAUUAUCAGGAUAAUGUUCCGUUAAUCCAUUUGUUAAAUAAACCCUCAAAGCCAGUUACAGCCGAGAGGCUCCCUUCUGAUCCCCCAGGUUCCAUUCACUCUCAAGAGAGCUCAUCAACCGAAGGGGUAUUCAUUCCAACUCCAGGAGACCCUCGACGCUCACCAGCUAUAUCUUCAGGCCAUUCUUCCUCUGUUCAUCCUUCUCGAUCGAAACUACAUACUUCGCAACCGGAUGCGACUGAGAUACCUCCUGAAGACAUUCCUCCUCCUACUGAUGAUCCCAUAGCACCAUCUUCUGAAGGAAGGCAAGAGUCUCUUAAAAGUCCUAAACCCCCGAAAAGAAAAACUCAACAAGCUAGGAGAAAUGUUACCACAAAAACUGACAGAAAGAAAAUCCCUGCAAAUGUUCCAUCUGUUCCCAUUGAUGGAAUUUCUUUUCAUCACGAGGAAAGCGUUCAAUACUGGAAGUUUGUGAUGCAAAAGAGAAUUGUCGAUGAGGUAAAUAUAUCUGACAAACACCAAUCCUGCAUGAGUAUCAUGGACCUUAUCCAUAAGGCUGGUUUGGAAAAAACUAUCUCAGAUGUUGGUCCUUUUUAUCCCCAAUUAAUUAGAGAAUUUAUCGUCAAUCUGCCUAAUGAGUUUAAUAAUCCUAGUAGUGCUGACUAUCAGACGGUGCACAUUACUGGGUUCAAAUUUGUGAUUUCACUUGCUGUGAUAGAUGGUUUUCUUGGAAAUACUAUUUAUAUUGACUGCUCUCCAUCAUGUUCUACUACUGAGGUUCUAGCUACUGUCUUAUCUGGAGGGACCUUGUCCACAUGGCCUAUGAAUGGAAUCCCUGCAGCUGCUCUCAACGUCAAGUAUGCCAUUCUGCAUAAGAUUGGCAUUGUCAAUUGGUUCCCUUCCUCACAUGCCUCAAGCAUAUCUGCUGCCUUAGGUACAUUCUUGUAUCAAAUUUACAAUGAUGAUAAACGGUGCUUACUGCAUCUGAUGCUCUUGGAUCCUGAACCUAAGACAAUUGCACUUAGCUACAGACUCUUUCAAGGCAGUCAUGUGCCUGAUAUUGACCAUGAUGUGCAUCCAACUCGAGGCCCACGUAUUUUUGACACUACUGACUGGGAUGAAUCUGCUGAAGGCUUCUAUGUGGAUCGUGAGUUAGCUACCCGCAUUAUUAAUUCCUUGACUACUGAAUCUCGUGCACUGACUAACUCCAUCACUCUGUUGUCUGAACGUCGAUUAGAGGUUGAUGCUCUCAUUCGACAUUUGAAGUCUUCGGCACCAUCUACUAGUCGUCAGCAGCCACCAUCUGGUUAA